CACUUUACGGCAACACUCUUCCUGCAUGAAGAGAUCUGUACUCACCGGCCGGCAGCAUGGUGGAGUCAGUAAUCUGUGCAGGCACUGCCAGCAGGGUGAGCUCCGUACUCCAGAGAGAUGUCAAGCAGUUUGGCAAACAGUUUCUCUUUGACCACAGAGAUGAGACGUGUUGGAACUCUGAUCAGGGGUCAUCUCAGUGGAUUGUACUUGAAUUCCCUCAAAAAGUCAGUGUGUCUGAAAUCCAUAUCCAGUUCCAAGGUGGUUUUUCCAGUAGAAACUGCGUUUUAGAAGGGUGCCUUAAAAAUGAAGAGUUAGUGACAUUAACAGAAUUUUAUCCAGAAGACAUCAAUGCCCUUCAGAAAUUUGUAUUCACAGAGCAGAAUGUUGAAAAGCUACGGCUUACUUUCCCAAGCAGCACGGAUUUCUUUGGAAGGAUUGUAGUGUAUCGCCUCGAUGUACUUGGCCGCAAGUUUUGAGGAUGUUACUUGGAGGCAUAUUUUAAAUGAACAUUCAUUCC